AUGACGUUCAAGGAGCUCUUAGAAAAAGCCGAAGAAGAGUUCGAGCCCCACAAUGAGAUCGAGUCCGACUACGAUACGGACCGUGACGCCAUCCCACCUUACAAGGUACGAAGACAUCCAAACAUGGAUGUCAUCUACGAGAAACUGACGUUCACCCUCGACAACGCCACUCACCCGAUGGACACGCAAACUCGCGACGCCGUACGAAUCGCGCUUGUCAAGGCCUUUCGCGCCGCCCGUGCGCGCGGUCGCCACGACGGUAUGCGCGAGGCCCGCAAGCGAGAAUGGAUGACGCACCCGGACAGUGACUUCGUGCAAGUUGCGAAGCGCGGCAAGUACAAGAAACACCUCGGGCACUUUCGUGGCAACCCGAUGUUGCAUAAAAGGGAGCGCGAGCAGCUGUGUGAGCUACACGCGUAUUUCUCUCGCUACCGCACUGCUGAUCCGCAACGCAAUGGACUCGACGACACCGACACUAUCCUCGCCCUCAUCGACACCUCGCUCAAAUACAACGCGGCGGGCGAAUACGGCAUCCUGCUGCACUCGCAAUGCAUGCAGAACGUGUUCGGCGCGCCCGGCGAGUACUCCGCCUACUCCAUUCAUAACUAG